UAAAAAUGUAAUGUAAAUUAAUUUUGGUUAAAUACUUGAGCUAUAUAUGUUAACUAGAUAUAAAAAACUAUAAAAUACUACUAUUAACAACAAUAAGAAAAUUAAUUUUAUAAAUUAUUAAUUAAACCUGAAUGCACCAACAUCAUCCCUGUAUAUAAUCUAGACUUUGUUCAAACCAUAUAUCUCAUACUACUAAAAUCUCAAACACACGAACUUAGUAGUCUGCACGAUGGGUAGUGAAACCAAGGAGGAUGGCUCUGGCUCUAGCCGAAACACGGUGCAUAAGGAGAAAAGAGCAUAUCUGUUUAGAGAAUGGACACGGAUCGAUGUAAUGAGAGCUUCGGCUGUUCUGACCGUGCAUUUGUUAUGUGCCUUGGCUCCUUUUAACUACAAAUGGGAAGCUCUCCGGUUCGGUUUUACUCUCGCUUUGGUGACGGGGAUCAGCAUUACGUUCUCGUAUCAUAGAAAUUUGACUCACAAGAGCUUUAAGCUACCUAAAUGGCUUGAAUAUCCAUUCGCUUAUUCGGCUCUUUUUGCGCUUCAGGGUCAUCCAAUAGACUGGGUGAGUACACAUAGGUUCCAUCACCAGUUCACGGAUUCGGACCGUGACCCACAUAGCCCUAUUGAAGGAUUCUGGUUCAGUCAUGUCUUGUGGAUAUUCGACACCGCUUACAUCAGAGAAAAGUGUGGAGGACGUAACAACGUGAUGGACUUGAAACUACAAUGGUUCUAUAGGUUUCUACAAAAAACAACUGGUUACCACAUCAUGGCGUUUUGGACCCUCGUUUAUCUCUGGGGUGGUCUACCUUACCUAACUUGCGGCGUGGGUGUGGGAGGAGCAAUCGGUUACCACGGGACGUGGUUCGUAAACUCAGCAUGCCAUAUAUGCGGCUCGCGAGCGUGGAACACCAAGGACACCUCUCGUAACGUUUGGUGGCUAGCACCACUGACGAUGGGAGAGAGUUGGCACAACAACCACCAUGCCUUUGAGGCCUCGGCUAGGCACGGACUCGAAUGGUAUCAGCUAGACUUAACUUGGUACCUCGUUCUGUUCUUCCAGACUCUCGGUUUAGCCACCGAUGUCAAACUGCCCUCAGAAGCUCAGAGACGCAAGUUGGCUUUCGCUCGUUAAUCUCAGUUCUAGUUCCAUCUUAUGUACUCAACUUCCAACUGUUUUUUUUGUUUUUAGUUUUUAGUUUUUGUCUCCACUUACUAUCUCAAACUUUAUGUUUUUAAAACCAUACUUUGUAUGUUCUUUUGUCUUUUAAUU